AUGUGUGAAGAAAUGAAAUUAUUUAAACAAGGCGCUGAAGCAAAGCUAUUUGUAUGUAAUUAUCUGGGUAAACCUACGUUAGUUAAGGAAAGAUUUAAGAAGCACUACCGGCACCCAGCUCUAGAUGAAAAUAUAACAAAAGAGAGAAUAAAAAAUGAAGCCAGAUCAAUCGUGCGUUGUAAAGCAGUUGGUGUAAAGACGCCUUCAUUAUAUUUGGUUGACUUUGAACGAAGACGGAUUUAUAUGCAGCAUUUCGAAAUUAGUAUCACAGUUAAAGACUUUAUCAUACAAAUAAAGAAGGGCGAAUCAGGUGACAGUGAUGCCAGCCUAGACUCUCUUGCCCGAAAAAUUGGAGAAACGGUUCGAAAAUUGCAUGAAAGUAACAUCAUUCAUGGUGAUUUGACGAGUUCAAAUAUGCUACUUGUUCCAAAAAAUCCUAGUCCUAAUGAUGCAAAUUGGACACAGCAAGACAUAGAAUUGGUAAUGAUAGAUUUUGGUCUUUCUCGCUCUGACUCCAAUGCAGAGGAUAUGGGUGUUGAUUUAUAUGUAUUAGAAAGAGCUAUAAUUAGUACCCAUAAUGACUGUCCGAAUUUAUUCACCCAAGUUUUAGAUGCAUAUAGCAAUAUAAAAUCUAAAAAGAAAUCUUUUAAUAUAAAAGAGGUUUUGAAUAAAUUUGAAGAAGUUAGAGCAAGAGGUCGAAAAAGAACUAUGGUGGGAUGA